GAUCCCGGCUGCGUUGCCGUUGGUAUGUAUAGUCUCUACACGCUCGACCUUGCGCUUGUGGUCGACUGCCAGUCGUCAAUUGAAUUAGAGCUUAUAAUACACGCACGUUGAUCUUUCCUAAUAUUACCAGGACUUUACAAUUCUAAUUCUUGAAGAGCUCUUGUGCAUAUAUUCCUAGCGGAAUCAGUGAAUUUAUCUGUGUUUUUUGGUAUUGAUAUCUGUUGGUGAAUCAUUUGCUAUCAAACGAGCGAGAAAUCGUACAAUUAUUCAUCGAACGGAGUAAAGCUUAAUAUCUGAGGAAAUUAUCAUACAGUUUUAUUUGGAAAAUAACAAGAAACCGAGACUUUGUUUUAGAAAUAAUGGCAUCUUUAGAAUCAAAUGAAUUAAUUGAAGGAGACUUUAUGUAUCUUCCUUAUUUCUCUUACAUAAAAGAAGAAAUUGAUAUUAGUUUUGAUGAAUCUGCAACCGCUGACGUUGAUAAUUAUUCUGAUACCGAGAUUCCAGAACUCACAAAGCAACAAUUUCAAAAUGUGAGAGAUCAAAUAAAAGUGGAUAGAAGCGACGAAAUUUCCAUUGAGUCAGAUAAUUGUAUGAAAUAACUUUUAUGGAAAUAAGGAAAAGUACCUAUGUAUCUCAUAUGCUGAUUGUAAUGAUUCCACGACCAAUUCUACAAAUUAUUCCGAAAAAUUUAUUCCGAACGAAGAAUCAUGUAAAACAUGUCAAAUGUUUCACAUUCGAAGAAGUAUUUGAAAAUCAUAGUAUCAAUCAAAAUACUGUGAAAAAAUCAUUGAAAAGUAAAAGGUUCAGCACACAAAAUUUAAUUGAUAUGUAUUGUUGUGAUUGCAAAAAAGUAAGAAAACGAGUCCGCGGUGAUAAAAGAACUGUAUGCAAAAAAUGUAAAGUUUCUCUAAAAUAUCAGUGCACUAAAUGUAAAAAACGAUAUACAACGUACAAAACGGCAUUUUUGCACAUUAAAACAAAGUGCAAUCAAGCGCCGUUAUUUCAAUGUUCUGCGUGUAAUUAUGAAGCACGAAAUGAAGUAAAACUUAAUGAUCACGUGCAAAACCGACAUACUCUUCAGGAAUGCUCAGGUUGCGGCAAGAGAUAUGAGAGUAACCAAAUGGUGAAGCAUCAAUUGCACGACUGCAGGUCUUGGAAUAAUCCGUUAAACAAUGAUACCUGUUCAAAAACCAAACAAUUCAACGCAGAUAAAAUUGAAUCUAAUAUCAACCAAAAACCGAAAGUUAUUAAACCUGGUCUGUUUUUGGAACGAUAUUGUAAGACUUGCGAUGAAACUCUAGAGAAAGUUAGAGGUGUUAAUAAUUGUAAAGAUUGCAAAUCAUUAUUAUUAUAUCAAUGUAUCAUAUGUUGCAAUCGAUAUAGUAGUAUAAUGUCUGCAUAUCAACAUAUAAGGUCUUGUAUUCAGUUAGCUGAAUUCCAUUGUUCCGAAUGCGGUUUUCAAACAGUUUAUAAAACAAGUUUAGUCAACCACAUAGAAAGUAAACAUGUGCUUCAAGAAUGCGAAGUGUGUGAUGUUAUAUGUAAAAAUCGGCGUAGUCUACUUAAACACAAAAAGUACGAGUGCAAAAAUAAUCAACGUGUCAAGGGUAAAUCAAAAAGAAACAAAACUUCUGCAUAAGUGUAACAGAAAUCUUAUGUCGUCUUUAAGAUGAUACUAUUGACUAAAGCAUCAGAUGCAGCACUGCUUUGUAAAUGCGUGAAGUACUCCAUUGGUAGACACAUAAUUAGUAAGGUACUUUUACUUGUGAGAUGAAUUCUUGGAUUUCGAUUUUGCAACGCACUAGUUCAGUUUCACCGAGCAUGUUAUGCCCACAAACAUUAUGUAACGAACGAUUUUUUCUGUAUCUGUGCGUGCGAGUGCAAUCAGUGCUUUAUGUGCGUGUUCGGUGUUUUUUCUCGUUUUAUCUUUUAUAUAUCAUUUCGCUUUUUAUUGUGUCAGUUUGCUUAAAUAUUAAUAAAUCAGUGUUUUUUAUGCCGAAAGGCUUUUUCCCGUAAA